AUGGUGAGGCAAGCUGAAGAGGUAGCACAACAGAUAACCCAGCAAGAGCAGCAGGCUCCACUGGCGGUGCAAGCAGUGAAACAAAAGAGGUUCGUGAAGAAAGGAGGGAAACCGCAGGGAGAGAGGAGCGGAGGACAGCAGCACGGCUACCAAGGGGAGAGCAAGUGCAAUCGAGAUACAGCAGUGGAGAUGGGGCUGGUUAAGCGAGUACAGCAGGUGAAGGCAGCAGCCGUCCACCAGGGCACGAUGAAGACCGACCCGGUGAAGAUACACCUACGAGUAUGGGCCUGUGAGCGGUUCCAGAAGUACCUGGUUGGCAUGGACAAAUUUAGACUCAUAACAGAUCACAAGCCGCUGGUGCCGCUGAUAAACAGCAAAGACCUAGACGCGGUGCCUGUUAGGUGUCAGAGACUUUUGAUGAGGCUUAUGCGCUUCAAUGCAAAGGCCGAGUACGCACCGGGCAAAACGUUGGUCAUAUCCGACGCACUGUCACGCAGCCCGCUGAAGGAGAGCUACAGCACUACGGAAGCAGCCAUUGCGAGCCACGUGAACGCAGUGACACACAGCUGGCCUGUCUCACAAAGCAAGCUGGACCGGAUCAGGACAGCCACGCAGGAGGACCCACAGCUCCAGAACGUGAGAAAGCUGAUCAGGGAUGGAUGGCCCAAACGAGACGACCCACUAUUGGCUUUAAUGAGCUACCGCGCCACCCCCACCACAUCCACAGGAGUGAGCCCGGCAGAAAUGCUCAUGGGGCGUAAGAUUCGCACCACACUGCCAUCUCUAAAGAAAAACCUCAUUCCAAAGCAGCCAAACCGUGACCUCAUCCGUCGCCGUGAUGAAGAAGCCAAACAACAACAGGCAUUCUACUACAACCGGAGACACGGAGCGAGGGACUUGCCACCCUUGCACACAGGUGACCACGUCCUGUCCAAGCUGGACGGGGAGAAGGUGUGGAAAGGUCGAGCAGGAGUGCGGCAUGCCGCGCUCAUACCAGGUGAAGUCGCCAGAAGGAGGAGAGAUGAGGAGAAACAGGCGUCAUCUUCAACAAGUGCCGCCACCGAUGGAAGAGGAGAACACAGACUCUGGGCAACCUGCCACAGAGCCAGAGCAAGAAGCACCACAACUAGGCUCUGA